CAUCAUCAUAAGAUAAUUUUUAGAUGGAAGUUGUUGAUGGGAAGAGCAGUUCCUUAGAUUAUGAAGGUCGGGCAAAAGAAGUGGAGGAGUUCAGUAAAACAAAAGCCGGAGUAAAAGGACUCGUUGACUCCGGCGUAGCAAAGAUUCCAAGAUUCUUCGUCCUUCCGCCGGAGAUCUUACACAAAGCAUCGACCAAAUCUACUACAGACGGUGUUGGUUAUCAACUUCAGGUUCCGGUGAUCGACCUCGAAGGCUGCACGGACCACCGCCGAGCGGAGAUCGUCGGUGACAUACGUUGCGCUGCAGAGAAAUGGGGUUUCUUUCAGAUGGUGAACCAUGGGGUUCCCAAGACCGUUAUGGAGGAUUUGAGGGAGAGUAUUAGACGAUUCCAUGAGCAACCCAAUGAGGAGAAGACCAAGUGGUAUUCCCAAGAUGUGUGGAAACGAAUUAGGUAUUACAGUUAUGGAUACCUUCACACAUCUGCGCCCGCAAAUUGGAGGGAUUCACUGGCUUGCAAUUUUCAAGACCAUCCAAUAGACUUGGAAGCACUACCUCAAGCGUGCAGAGGGGAAAUAAUUGAGUACAUGAAAUGCGUGGUAAGACUCAAGGAGACACUAUGUGAAUUACUAUCUGAGGCUCUGGGGCUAAGAAGUGUCUACCUAGCCAGCUUAAAUUGCAUGAAAUCUCGGUAUUUAAUAUCCCACUAUUACCCAGUUUGCCCUGAGCCUGAACUGACUUUGGGUGUAACCAAUCACUCGGAUCCAUAUUUCUUGACCGUAUUGUUGCAAGACAAUGUGGGCGGUCUACAAGUCCUUCACCAAAAUCAGUGGGUUGAUGUCCCUUAUUUGGAUGGUGCGCUGGUAGCUAACAUUGGCGACUUGUUGCAGAUAAUAACCAACGACAGAUUCAGGAGCGUGGAGCAUCGUGUGUUGGCAGGGCGUGUUGGGCCUCGAGUAUCAGCUGCAUGCUUCUUCUAUCCCAGCACGGCCAAUAGUUUAGAGCCCUAUGGACCAAUAAAGGAACUCCUCACUGAGGAUAACCCCCCAUUGUAUAGGGAAGUUCACUAUAAAGAAUACGUCACUCUUUAUGUGUCAAAGGGUCUAGAUGGUCAAUCAGCCAUCCCUAGUUUUAAGCUGCAAUAA